UGUCUUCCCACACCAAGUCCCAUUUCAUAGCUGUGGGAUUCAUGGAUUUCCUGAAAGAAUCUGUUAACUCUUUCUUGUUUCUAAUUCUGGCUGGAAUAAGCCCAUUGUUGAUAGUCUUUGUCAUAAACUACUUGUGGAGGCCAUGGACGAUUUACAGAGCUCUGAAAAAACAGGGCUUCAAAGGUCCUCAUCCCCGAUUCAUGAUUGGCAAUCUUCUAGACAUUGCAAACAUGGUGCAGCACCAGUUGCUCACAGAUAUUCCUUCCAUUAAUCAUGACAUCAGAAACAGAGCUUUCCCAUAUUUAGUCAAGUGGUCGCAGAUAUAUGGUCUUUCUCUGUUUCGCAAAUGUCUAUUUUGUGUUUUUUUAGGGUUUUCGUUACAUAAUCUUAUGUCUGAAUUAAUGGUGCAGGGGAGAUUUUUUUUAUAUGGUUUGGUUAUGAGCCCCGAAUUUUUGUACAGGACGCAGAGCUUAUCAGGCAUCUUCUUUCUUCCAAGCACGCUGCUGACUGCGGAAAGUCCCCUAUGAUUCAGAAGAUGUUAUCUAUUGGAUUUGGUGAGGGAUUGCUCACUGUUAAUGGGUAUAAAUGGUCCCAACAGCGCAGAAUUGUGGCCCCUGCUUUUCAUGUAGAAAAACGCAAGCUACAGGCCUCUGUUGACAUCAUGUCCAUGUGCACAGAUCAAUUGGUAAACGAGUGGAAUGAGAUUAUAAAGGAAGCUGCAGAGAGCCCUUGUGAAUUAGAGCUAACUGGUUUUAUGGGUAGGAUAUCUGCAGACAUUUUAUGAGGGUGGGGUUUGCAAUGGACUACAAGAAAGGGGGAAAAGAAAUAUACGAUGACAUCAAGGGGCUAGAGGAUAUUAUGAACCACAACUAUCGUUAUCUGUGGCUCCCAGGUAC